GAGCCCGGCGCGCGCAUGCGCAGCUCCCUCCCAGGCUUCUUCCUCCUCCUUCCAGGCUGGAAGCAGAGAUGGAGGAGCGCCUUCCUGAAGAGACUGAAGCCGGGAAGAGCUGACAGGCAGGGGAGGAAGGAAGGCGAUGGAGACCCCGGCUCUCCAUACGAGCUGCCGGCUGGGAACUCUCUCGGCCUCCCCCUUGCAAUACCCCGAAGGGAGAGGUGCCAUGGGGAACUCUGGUUUGAAGUGAAAGGAGGAUUAUCAGAAGAAAUGAAGAUACCAAAACUGUUCUGGGUUUUUGCUGCUUUCAUGUGUGCUGCUAUGUUUGCUAUAUACAUAAAAUGGAAUUUGAAUGUCAAAACAAGAGAUCUUCCUGAUGACUUGAACAAUCAGCUUGAUGGCGAGACGAUUUUCUACGGCAUCAUGUUUGAUGCUGGAAGCACUGGGACACGCAUACAUGUAUUUAAGUUCUCACAGAAACCAAAAGAAAUUCCCAGACUAAUCCAUACCACAUUCAGAGCAAUAAAACCAGGACUUUCUGCUUACGCUGACAAUGUUGAUAAGAGUGCUGAAGGAAUAAAUGAGCUACUGGCGGUUGCUAAAGAGGAUGUCCCUGAGAAUUUGUGGAAGUCAACCCCUUUGGUCCUCAAAGCAACAGCUGGGUUAAGGCUUUUGCCAGGAGAAAAGGCUCAGGAACUGUUGGACAAGGUGAAGUCUGUUUUUCAACAAUCUCCAUUCUUAGUAGGGGAUGAUUGUGUCUCCAUAAUGGAUGGAACGGAUGAAGGUAUUUCUGCGUGGGUUACUGUCAACUUUUUAACAGAUCGUUUGAAUUCUCCAGAAAAGAAAUGUGUUGGAAUGCUGGACUUAGGAGGUGGAUCAACUCAGAUCACAUUUCACCCAAGCACCAAGACAACUCCAGAGAGCACCUUGUCUAGUCACAGCACUUCUUUUCAGAUAUUUAGCACCACAUACCAACUUUAUUCUUACAGCUUCCUGGGACUUGGGUUAAUGUCUGCAAGGCUGGCGAUUUUAGGAGGCAUUCAAGGACAAGCCUUACUUGAAGGUGAAAAACUCACAAGUCCCUGCUUACCGCCAGACUUCCAGGGUGAAUGGGAACAUGCUAAGAUAACAUAUCAAAUCAAAGGGCAGAAGGCAGGAGAGUCUCCUUUUGAAUCAUGUUUUAAUGAAAUAGCUAAACAUCUCAGCAAGAAGAUUGACAAAGCAGAUGAAGUAAAAGACGUGGAGUUUUAUGCCUUUUCCUAUUAUCAUGACCGGGCUGUGGAUGCUGGUUUAAUAGAUGCUGAAAAGGGAGGAGCUCUAGCCGUCAGUGACUUUGAAACUGCUGCAAAGAAAGCUUGCAACACCAUGGAAGUCGAUAAAGGAGAGCAUCCGUUUCUCUGCAUGGAUCUCACUUAUAUCAUUUUUCUAUUGGAAGAACUAGGCUUUCCAAAGAAUUACGUUUUUAAGCUUGCUCGAAAAAUCAAAGACUCUGAAACCAGCUGGGCCUUGGGAGCAAUCCUUCACUACAUGGAUUCACGCUACAACUUGCAGCAUUAGGGGUUUUGUAGUCAAUGCAGGAAGUGAAAAGUCUGUCACUACACAGAUGCAAACCCAGUCUAUUUCUUGUGCCAGCAACUACAGCAAGCAAUGCGACUACUAUGAUUAGUACUGUUAGACCUGGAUAUAUAUUUAAUUUAUAAAGACCUUGACCCAUCUCAGCAGUGGAACUCUGGGCAGUUCAACAUACCAGUACACUCCAUGAGGUCACAAAUCCCUUUUUAAAGUGUCACUGGAAACCAGUGGCUUUUUCCCAUGGUAAACAAUAGGCCAUGGCAGCUAAAACCCGUCUUGGAUAGCAGAUCUGAGACUAAACCGGAUGAAUGUAAAAACUAUCCUGUAUAUCAUGCUGAGACUUUGAUCAUGUUUUCCGUUGUCCUAUAAUCUCUGUGAGAAAAGCACAUCAAUCAAGCCUUUUGCUUUCACUGUUAGCAAACUGGAGCUAGUGUCAAAAAUAAGUGCAACUUUUAAUUCUAUAUUUUUGUGUGUCAUGGUGAUUUGCUUUGAUAUUUUUUGAGUGUGAAAACUAACUUGUUAUCUGUUUUAAAAUAUUUGACAUAGUCUGAUUUUUCCAGGUACAUGAUGAGAUUCAGGUUUUUUGAAAGCUGGUUCAGUUGUUUUUCAGAAUGGAUUGCUGUGAGUUUUCUGGGCUGUAUGGCCAUGUUCCAAAAGCAUUCUCUCCUGACAUUUCGCCCAUAUGUAUGGCAGGCAUCCUUAGAGGUUGUGAGGUCUGUUGGAAACUAGGCAAGGGAGGUUUAUAUAUCUGUGGAAUAAUAUCCAGGGUGGGGGAAAGAACUCUUGUUUCCUGUCAGGAAUUCCCCUGUUUUCUGAGUGUUGUUCCUUAUUCACUGUCCUGGUUUUAGAGUUUUUUAUACUGGUAGCCAUAUUUUGUCCAUUUUCAUGUUUCCAGACAGGAAACAAUCGGGGCCAGCUAACACCUCCCAUCAAAGGAUUCCCCCAGGCAGGAAGCAGCCAGGCUUUGAAGCUGCAAGGCUAUUCAAUGCUAAUCAAGAUGGCCAAUUACAACAUUCACACUCGCCUCAGGCAGACAAGACUCUUUCUCCCACCCUGGAUAUUCCUCAAAUAUAUAUACCCCAUUUGCCUAAUUUCCAAUCUCUGAGGAUGCCUGCCAUAGAUGUGGGUGAAACAUCAGAAGAGAAUGCUUCUGGAACAUGGCCAGACAGCCCGGAAAACUCAUAGCAACCCAGUGAGUCUGGCCAUGAAAGCCUUUGACAACACAUUCUUCAGAAUUUCUGUUACUGGAUCACUGAGUUAUUUUGAAUGUGAAGUGAUGGCUUAAAGCUGAAGUCUUUCCAUUGACCUUGGCUUUAGCUCCUUCAGUGGUGGCAAUUGCAGUCCCACAGUGUAAUAGGUAUCUAUUUGAAGGCAUGGGCAAGCUGUGUGUACAGCUUGGAUAAUUUAUGUUUUUGAUUAGAGCUCCAAGUACAAAGGACUGAAUAGGUUAUUGGAGCUGUAAUCCUAAAAAGUAACCUGUCCUACUCCGACCGCAUGAUGAUUGUCUGGUACCAAACAGGUGAUUUGGCCACACAUUUUAAUGCAUAAAUACCACCUUCAAAAUUACAAGAUGUUCUGGCUGUUGUUUAUACUUCAAAUGUGUAACAUUCAAUCUGUCCCCUGCAUCACAGACACCUUCCAAAUAAAUAGCUAGAGUGUAAAAUUUUAAAUAGCUCAUGUGGGAAUUUAAUGACAAAAGGGAAAAUUCCUUCCAUUUAGGCUCUCACAGCAUUAGGAGUUAUCUUUAGACUUGGAUUCACCAUAGUUCUUGGAAUAUGUAGUAUUGCACCUUACUGUUCUUCCAACUCAGGUUUCUAUAUAGUUCCCACUGGCUAUUGGUUUAUGAGAUUGGAGUAAUUAGAUCCAAUAGCUACAUUCGGUCUAGCCUGUCGAAUAAUCUGUGGUCAAGACAAGGAAUUGGGAGUCAAUUUCUGACACUAAUAAACAAAAUUAAUGAUGAUUUCCAUUUAUCUAAUCAAACUCCUCCCAUGACUGCUUUAAAGUGGAAUUGUGGGAGUUGAAGUCCAAAACACCUGGAAAGUCCAAAUUUGCCAUGCCUACUUUAAAGUGGAAGGCUAAAUAGCACAACAGCACCUCCUGUUAACUGAUAUCCACAAGUGAUAUUUCUGAGCAAUGUGAAAAACAACAUGGACUUAACUGUUGUCAAGUCAAUCCAUGAAACAUUGGGUUAUGAUGGCAAAUUGCAAAGUAUCGGCAAAACAGGGCAAAUGAUUGCGGGGAUAGAAACCCAAUGUUGUCUUUCACGUUACGCUUUUCGGACACAUUGAUAGCGUGAGGACAGGUUGAAGGUUUUUCUGCAUUUCCGUUUCUUUUGCCUUAACUUAAAUUACUGGUAAUAUACCAUAGUUAUACAUAUGUAGACUCGCUACGGAGUUCAGAUGUUUACAAGGUUUCUUGGGCUGCCUAGAAGAACUUUGAAUUGUGUUCUUGAAUUCAUGCAAACAUUGUGUUCCUUCAUGCAAACAUUGCCUUCGUUUAAAUAAAUGAAUGUAUAGUUGUUGCAUUGAGCAAAGAUUAUAGAGUGCUGUGCUGAGACUACAGACAAAUCUAUAUGUGAUAUGUGUGACAUUAAGGAACCAUGGCAGCUUAAAAAUAUUUAUAUCAUUGGAAACAUCAAGAUGUCACAGCAGCAGGAAGAAAAUUAAGUCUUGGAAUCACCUCUCCUUAUGCUCCCAAUUAAAAGUUACCUACUGGCUGUUAGGAAUUAUUGGAUUUCAAGUCCAAAACACCUGGAGGGCUGAAGUGUGCCCAUGCCUGACAUAUAGUUUCACUCUGAAGGAAGAAGCAGCACAAACAUGGCAGCACUGCAGUUCUGCAUCCUGGAAAGAGAGCAUGAGACCACAGAAAAGGAAUCAUUUAGUAAUGUCAGUACACCUGGCCUCACAUCCGGGUGUAUUUUGUAGAACAUUUCAAAUCAGCAUCUUUGAAGAAUCUGGUUUGCAAACCUUUUGUAUACACAAACCCUUCUGUGAGAAAACUCAAAUGUCAAAGUUCUGCUUAAUAUAUGAUUGUAAUUGAAUCAGCAUGUGUAUAAAUCUAUUGAAGGAAAGACAGGUCAGUAAAAAUUUUUUUUGAUUACAAUUAAACAACAUU